AUGAGUACGACACAGGGUCAACGAAUUCCAUACGCAGCAAAACUCACUGGAAAGCGUGUUUUAGUGCUGGGAGGGACCUCCGGUAUAGGCCUGGCUGUCGCGGAGGCCGUUCGGGAAUUUGGUGCUGCAGUCAUUGUAUCGAGUUCCAACCAAAGCAAACUCGAAGCAGCGAUUUGGAAAAUUGAAAACGUUAAGUUUGAUGCCAACGCAAACAUCAGCAGUACUGCCGCCAGCGUUCGAGGAUAUCCUUGUGACUUAUACGAUCUGGACCGCUUAGAAAGCAAUCUGAAAGCAUUAUUCGACAGCGCAACGGAGGGAGGCAAGCAAAAACUUGAUCAUAUUGUAUACACGGCAGGGAACAAGGUGGGGUCGAUCCCGCUUGCGAACACCGAUGUGAAGACUAUCACGGAACAUGGCGUGUUACGAUUCUAUGUGCCGAUCAUAGUUGGGAAGUUGGCAGCCGACUAUGUGCACAGCAGUCCCCGGUCAUCAAUCACUUUCACCAGCGGCGUGAACAACAUCAAGCCACUACCGGGACGAGUCCUCAUGGCGGGCUGGGGCGCGGGGGUCGAAGGGGUCACGCGUGCCUUGGCCGUCGACUUGAGACCAGUCAGGGUGAAUUGUAUUUGUCCCGGUCCGACGCGGACGGAGCUCUUCAAUGGGUUCCCUGACGAGGUGCUUCUGCCUCUUCUGGAGAGGUACCAAAGUUCGACGAUGACGAGGACAAUUGGCAAUCCAGAGGAUAUCGCCGAGACAUAUCUGUACUGCAUGCGGGACACCUUUGUGGAUGGCACGGUCAUUCACUCGAGUGGAGGGUGUCUAUUGGCAUAA